AAGCUGCUCACGAAUCAUUAGAUAAUAUUACACAAAUACGAAGCUAAAGUCAUUAUCAAGACUAAAAGUGGAAUAAUUUAAACAGACACUGCUGUCAAUAAAUGGUCGACUGUGAAAGCAUAAAUUAACAGAUUUGUUGCAGAUAUUUAUAGUCAAUGAAGUAAAACAGUGUUAUUCCCUUUCUGUAAUAAAAUACUAAUAUCCAAAGAUAAAAGUGUAUCAUUAAUGUGAUGCUCCCUGUUGUAAGUUGUCCUUUUGAAAACCCAUGAAUGUAAAAUCCUACGUUUUCCUUUCUGUCUGUGCUAAAAUAAUAAAAGAAGGGGCCUUAUCUAAUAUGUUUAUUAAUUAGUGUCCAUAGAUACCAGCCAACAUCCUAGCUUUUAUUAACAACAAGUCAUGAGAGCGUUGUAUGUUUUAUGUAUCACAUGACCAUGACCAAUAUAGUAUGUCUAAUUGAGAUUGGUUUAAAAACACUGAUUGUGAGACCGUCCCUCACUUUCCACUGGAUAACUCAUCCCAGCCUGUUUGGACUCUGUCUGCUUUUAAGAAGUAAAGGAAUUUUUGCCAUAAACUUAAUGUUUUGCACCAGCUACGGCUUAAAACUUUUAAACUGAUCAUUAAAAUCCUUUAGAAAAUGGCGCCAGGAUUUUCCAGUUGUCACUAUCGUGACGUUUCUCCUUCCAUCUCCUUUUCUGGAUCUGGAUUCAUGUCCACCUACCAGUUAGGGGUUGCCCAGUGCUUCCUCACUCAUGCACCGUGGAUACUGCGCACGGCACCUUGUGUCCUGGGUGCAUCGGCAGGGUCUCUGGUAGCAGCUGCCGUGGUCUGUGAUAUGAGCUUGAUUACUAUUCGGGAUGAGAUGCUGCAUUUUGCCAAACAGAUGAAGGCUUUCACACUUGGACCGUUUAACCCCUCAAUCAAUGUGUUCCGCUGGUUAGAGCGUAUCUUAAACAAAUAUCUUCCUUCUGAUGCACACAAACUGGCCAACGGGCGUCUUUCUGUGUCUAUGACACGCCUGAGUGAUUGCAAGCAUAUUGUGAUGUCUGAGUUCCAUUCCAAAGAGGAUGUAUUGCAGGCUUUACUAUGCAGCUGCUUUGUGCCUGUGUACUGUGGUAUGCUGCCUCCAACCUUCAAAGGAGUAUAUUACGUGGACGGGGGUUUCACCAGCAUGCAGCCAGUGGCGCCUGUACCCCACAGUCAAACAUUGACAGUGUGUCCAUUCUCUGGAGAGAUAGACAUAUGUCCCACCGACACACCGUGCAUGUGGGACAUGGUGGUGAGUGGCAGCACCUUGAAGGCUAACAAGGCGAACAGCAUCAGGAUCGUUAAUGCUCUCUACCCCAUGAACUUAGAGACUCUGGAACAAGCCUACCACAGUGGCUACAAGGAUGCUAUUCAUUUCCUUCAGUGCAACGAUAUCGUCUCAUAUUUGAUUAUACAGAAAGAGCCCGAACUGCCCCUUAACUGUAACCAAACAAGGAUGAAUCUGGAGAUUGCCAGAGAGGAAGAUGAGGAGAUGAAAGUGGAAAAGGAAAAGGAGGCUAAACAUAUUCAGAGGGAAAGCCCUACUGAGGAGGAAUUGUACAGAGCUCCACCAAAUAAAGAACCUCUUCACCAGUUUGAAAUGGUACACAAUGUUCUGCUGGCCAACCUGGUGACCUAUCUGAGCAUGAUUGGACUCCCUGCAAGAAUCGUGUCCUACCUGCUCAUAACUCUCAUGCUGUCGUUUGGCCCACUGUUCCAAAUUAGGCACAGACUGGAGUUGUUCUUCUGGCAGGUGGCUGAGUUGGGGUUCUGGGCUUGGCAAGGCCUGAGACAUUUUACGUUCUUCUUUUUCAACACAUGUGUCUGUACCAUUAAGAAUAACUUACAAAACCGGGUGAUGCCUGCCGUCCUGCUGGUGCAGUGGCUGAUUAGAAAACGGCACGAGGCUUCAUAGAGGCACGCUGUUUCUCAAUGUAACUGUUCUUCUUCUGCCCAUUGAGAAGAUGUUGUUCCCCAUCACAGGAUACAAAUAAUUACAGUAUAUGUAGAGAGAACUGCUGACUGAAAUGUAAACACUGUAUUCUUUGUAUCGAUGAUCAUAUGCAUUUAGUAAAGUUAAACGUGUUUGAGUGCAUGUUGCCAUUUAAAAAGAAAAAUUAAAUGUCCGGAAGGUUCACUUUUGUUUGAUUUAAAGGGGCUUUAUUUUAUAUGUGACAGAUAAUCCAAUCCACUGGCCCUGUGUCUUACAGGGCUGCUAUUUGAUGUGUUUGCUUCAGACAUUUUCAGACAUCCACGCAAGCUUACAUGACUAAAUACUGGCUUUGCACAUUUGUUUUGUUCUUUUUGGUUACUUUGUAAAUAAAUUGGUAUUUAUUACUUU